AUUCUCUUUCUUGCCUGACCUGAUAGUGUCCAAGUCCAGAUUGCGCCGCUUUCUACUGCUUCUCCCUUUCUCGGUUGGCUCCGUCUGGCUCUGGUUUAGAGUUGGUCUGAUCUGCUCAAAUACCUACCAGCGACUGGCCAUUGCAUCUGCGUUUGUACUUGCAUUUGCUUCUGUUCCAGUUACUCCCCUUCCCGUCGUCUUGUCUUUCUUGUCACUCUGCUUAAAAGCUAUACCCUUGCAGGCACCCACCUAAUACAGGGCCCUGCUCUCUCUUACAUACGUCCAGUUACAUAUUUGUUUUCCUUUUUCUAAAAUCCCUCCUUCGGGUGCCUGAUUUCCCUCUCCAAAUAUGUUUACUCAACCAGUGGUUUCCACGUCCACGGGCCCGCCACAGUCGUCGUCCACAUCCACCUCAAGACCGAGUCGCCUCCGAGGCUUGAGUUACUUGCGCAACUAUACACAAAAUCAUUUAUUGUCUCGCGACAACCACCAUAACAGCUCCAGCACUGGAUCAGCAGGCGGCACAGGCACAGCAAGCGCACGAAGCACGUCCCCUAAUCGACACGGCUCUAGCCUCACGCGAUCCCUCAGCCAUUCGCCUACUACAAGUGGACCAUCCACUGGAGCCCAGAACACCAACCACUUGACACUCGUCAGUUCGACACCCGAUCCCGUGAGGAAUUUGACAUCGGCGACCACCAUAACAUCGAUACCUGCACUGCCUCCUACUUCCGUUCCCGCUUCCGCUUCCGCUGCUGCUUCCGCUGCUACAAAUGCUACUGAAUCACCAAGGACUUCCUCACAGCAUUCUGCCGACAUCAACGACCCCGCUACCGCUGCAACAGAAUUAUCAAUGACUGCAGAUACUCAAGCCUCCGCAGCCGCUGGCACAGUCGACUCGAACCAGGACCAGCCUGCCAUGACGAGAUCGCGAUCAGCCACCACUGGCGAAGGGGGCUCGGCGACUCCCGAAACUGCCCCAUCAAUUCGCUUCUCAGCCUACUACGACCCGCGCUCUACACGCCCGUCCCUGACAUUCCCUCCUAUCUCCAGAACUCUGCCCACGGGGUCUGAGAAGAUUCGUGUUGGUCGUUACUCAGAACGCGAUAGUCAUUCUAUGUCGAAUAUGCCUGGUAAUCAGCCAUCAGCUGCACCCGUGGGUUUCAAGAGCAAGGUCGUCAGCCGUCGCCACUGCGAGUUCUGGUACGAGGAUGGAAAAUGGUAUAUCAAGGACGUUAAAAGCUCUUCUGGUACAUUCCUGAACCACAUUCGCCUAAGCCCACCGUCUCAGGAAAGCAAAGCUUUCCCCGUCAACGAUGGAGAUAUCGUUCAACUCGGAAUUGACUUUAAAGGUGGAGAAGAGAUGAUCUUCCGCUGUGUCAAGAUGCGACUAGAGUUAAACCGUGGUUGGCAGAACAAGCUUAACACUUUUAACAUGGCGGCGCACAAGAGGUUGCAGACGAUGGCUUCUAGUGGAGCAGCUGGUACUAACUCCCAAGAUUGCUCCAUUUGCUUGAGCUCUAUUGCUCCCUGCCAAUCUUUAUUUGUUGCACCCUGCUCUCACACCUGGCAUUUCAAGUGUGUAAGAUCACUGCUCAACUCCCCGCAAUACCCCAUUUUCAUCUGCCCCAACUGUCGAGCUGGUGCCGAUUUAGAAGCCGAUGUCGAUGAACUGGCCGAAGAAUGGCAGCAGCUUAAGAACGAAGCCGAGGCAGAAGCAUCAACUCCAGCUCAAGCCGACACUGAGCCAGAGACGGAUCCGGUGCCUGCUGCUGCUAAUUCCGGAACCUCUACACCGGAGCGAUCGCAUACAGCCGACAUCGACCACAUGGACGUUACUGUCAACAUCACACCAGAAACACCUCAGCGAAAUGAAGUUAACCAUGCUAUAUCCGAGCCUUUACCUAUUAGAAAUGCGGCCUCAGCUCCACGAAGAGUCGGCCAGCUGGGAGAUAGUCGAACACCGUCACCUCCAGGUGGCACUGAAGGACCAAUCACCCCACGAAAUAAUGUUGGACCUUGGGUUUUUGAUGGCAGUGCCGGCCGUACAGUGAGCGCUACAGAAGGCGAAAUGACAAGUAUAGAUGCCGCAGCACAGCCAGAUACAAGCGAAAACGACAUCGCGGUUCGAUGAUGACUUAAUUCGAAUGCCUGGUUCAAAUUAUUGCAUAUA